AUGGACAAGAUCAACAACGCCGCCAACUACGUCUCUGACACCGUUCAGGGUGCUCUCUCCACCACCUCCAAGGAGGCCAACAAGGAGGUCGCCAAGGACAACAACGCCUCCAUCGGCACUCGUGCCUCGGCCGCCAAGGAUGCCGUCGGUGACAAGUUCGACGAGCAGAAGCACAACCGCUCUGCCGAUGUCAACAAGGAGGCUGCCAAGCACUAA